UACAGCAAACGGCCGGUAGGGACUACACGACAUUCCUUCAGGGUUGCUGACGUCACUAAGCCCAAUAUUUACAUAAACCCCUCCUCCGAGAAUAAUAGAUUAGGUGGGGGGCGAGGCCAUUUUAUAUUGCUGUGGAGAUUGAGAAGAGUUGUUGUAUGCUGGAGUAUUUUUGCCGCAAUGCCGACGAAACGCUGUUAUUUUCAUCCGGAUUGCAGGUCCACUUUGUUCAGCCUUCCUAGGGACGGGGAAGUUAGGGAUCAAUGGUUAAAAUUUAUUUUUAACUCGGUCCCUCAAAAUUAUUACCCAAAUCUCGCUCUCUGUGCUGCACAUUUUACGGAGGAAAGCUUCCACAAUCUUCGCGAGUUCAAUGCAGGAUUCGCCCAACGGCUUGUCCUGAAAGAUGGAGCAGUUCCAACUUUAAAAACAGAAGCUGUUUACGGGCCACAAGCUACAACAUCUCAGCAGGGUGCGAGUUCCCAAGAGCUCCCCACUACAUCUACACUUCAUGAAGUUGGAUGUCAGUCAGAACCUAUAGAGACCGAAACUGUAGCCACAGAGAUAAAGCCGAAGAUGCGAUCAGUGGGCACACAACUUUCAAUGGGUACAUUGAGCAGUUUCCACUUAAGGAGCAAAGGCAUUCAGGCAACAUAUUAUGGUCAUGAUGUGGGCACCCAAACAACUGACAUGUUUCCUGAUGUGCAGCUGUCUUCAACACCAGUAAGGGGCUCAGUCUUCAGGCCCAGUAAGAGACCUCGUCUGGUGUUAGAUGAGGAAGAAGAAUCAGAAUUAAAUGUCGAACCCACUGAUUCCACAUAUAACCCAGAUUCUGUUGUCACUGAAGAAUCAGAAUUGGCGAUAGAUCCACAGCCCGACCACAGCGAUAACAAAUACAUUGUUUUUGAAAGCUGUCUUCGAGAGCUGUUUGUGUCCUGUCCAAUUUGUAAGACAAAGUGUGUUGUCCAGAGCAGACGAAGGGGGACUUUUGUUGCAUUCACCCAACUUUGUGAAAAGUGUAACUACUACAGACAGUGGCAGAGCCAGCCCAUUGUUGGGAGUACCCCACUUGGAAACCUGCUAUUGUCUGCUGCAACGUAUUUUACCGGUGGAUCUUUUAAACAACUAGAGAAGGAUUCAUGCCAGGAAUUUCAUUGAGCCUACCAUAAUACACAAGUGGAACCAAGAUCAACUGAAUCUUAUAAGACAGCUGCAAGAGGGAGGAAAUGUUGCUGUGGCUGGAGAUAUGCGUGCUGACACGCCAGGACACUCAGCAAAAUUUGGCAGCUACACCAUUAUGCACAUGGAAACCAACAAAAUUCUGGAUCUUCAACUUGUUCAGAGCAAUGAGGUUGGUGGAAGUUAUCAUAUGGAAAAGGAGGGAUUGAAGCGUUGUCUCGAUAAGCUGGAGUCUAAUGGUUUAGCUGUUGACUACAUCGUCACCGAUCGCCAUCCGCAGAUUCAGAAGUACCUGAGGGACUGCAAUAUCACUCAGUUCUAUGACGUGUGGCACUUUGAGAAAGGUUUAUCUAAGAAACUUGACAAACUUUCAAAAAUGAAGGACUGCGAGGUGCUGAAAAAAUGGUUGCACAGCAUCAAAAACCAUGUUUACUGGAGUGCGAUUUCCUCUGAGUCUGGGCCAGAAAAGGUGGCGAAGUGGAAUUCACUGCAGAACCACAUACAAAAUGUACAUGUUCAUGAGAACCACCUCUUCCCCAAGUGUGAACACCCAGACAAAGUUUCCAGGGAUCCAAAAAAAUGGUUCCAACCAGGAUCAAUAGCGCUCCAUAAAGUGGAAAAGCUAUUAUACAACAAGAGGGUUCUCAAGGAUAUAGAAAAGCUCAGCCACAACUUUCAGACGUCAUCACUGGAGGCUUUCCACAGUCUGAUUUUGCGUUUUGCCCCAAAGAACGUGAUUUUCCCUUUCAUAGGAAUGUUGUGCAGGCUGUAUCUUGCAGCAAUGCACUAUAAUGAAAAUGCUAACCGUGAGCAGGCAACAACAACUGAAGGACAGGCUGUGUAUAAGUUCGUUUUUCCAAAGUCCAAAAAAGGGGAAUGCACAGCAAAGCCAGUGAAAAUAGAACCAACAUACAACUAUGUCGAUGACCUUAUGAGCCUUCUGUUACAUAAAGUCUUUGUGGACCCCAAGCCAUAUGCGGAAGAGCUGCAUGCAAUCCCCAUUCCACCUCCUCUGUCAUCACAGUAUGAAAAACCUUCCAAAGAAGAGGUGAUUGCCCAGCGUGUGUCACGAUUCAGUCGAGGGGUGGCCGGAACCCAACAUACUGUCCCGCUGGAUCAGGAAACUGUAGGCGGAUCCGGUUAACAACACAUGAGGGGAUGACAACCCUCACACUACGUCCUAGGUAGCCCCAGCACCAGCUGACAAAGCUGCGAUUGGCCAGAUAACGGAAGCGCCUAUGGCAGGAACAGAAAUCCUCAAUAUUGUGUAUAAAACCAGUGGUAUAUUGGAAACAUGUAUAUGUGAUGUGAAAAUAUGUUUGAUAAAAAUUGAUAUUUUGAUUUAAUUUUUGUCUUUGAAUAACAUGUCUUGUGUAAAUAUAUAUUUAUAUAUAUUUGUUUUUUAUUUAUAUUAUUUUACACAACAUAAUUUCAUUAAAUUUAAUAAAUACUUACUCCUCU